AUGAAGCCGCCUCUUCUGAGAAUUGGAGACUGGCGCCAUGUUGCGAAAAGUUCCACCCGAGGUGCCAACCUGUUCCUUUGCACCGAGCCGGCUUUCUUCUGCAAUGCCUUGGGCCGAGCCUUUCCAGACCGGCCCCUGAUCGGCUACUUUGCAAAUCCUCUGACGGCGUACCUGCCAGCACAAGCCGCGCAAGCCUGGCUUGGGGACUUCUUGAGUUUGACCCGCGGUGAACUUCCUGGGCGCACUGCGCCUUUCUUGGCCGUUGCCAACACAAGGUUUUUGGCGGAACAGAUGCGAUUUCAGACUGGAGCCCGCAGAAUCUUCGCCGCUCGGCCACUGGCAGCCUAUGUGGGCCCGAAGCGCCUGCCUUAG